AUGCUUCAAUUACAUGUUUGGGGAAUUAAUAAUAGUAUCAGUAUUAUAUCGCCUGAAUGUAUAGCUAUUAGUUGGUUAAUAAGUAAAUCAAACUUAGAAUAUGAAGUUAUAUUAUCUAAUAAUACUAAUUUAUCAAAUUUAAAUAAAUUACCAUGUUUAAUUUCUGAAACAAAUCAAUAUAAUGGUUUCAAUGAAAUAUUAAAUUUUAUAAUGGAUGAUGUUUAUACUCCCAAAAAUGCCGAAGAUCAAUUGAUAAAUCAAAGUUUGACAUGUUUCAUAUUGAAUAAUUUUGAAGUGUUGAACCAAUAUAAUUUAUUUAUGAAUGGUAAGAAUUAUGAAAAGUAUACAAGGAAAGUAAUUGUUCAAUUUUACCCAUUUCCUAUGAUGUUUAAUAAAUCAUUAAAAUUGUAUAAUAAUGCAGAACAAUUGGUAAAACUAUCUGGAUUAGGUAAGAAAGCUGGAUCAGGUAUUAGUUUUUUAAAAUUUGCAAAUAAUGAAAAAGAAGAAGAGAUAUGUCAAACAGAAACGUUUAAUGAUGAGUUAGACGAUGUAGACGAGAAUGAGGUCGAGGACGAGAAGCGCACUAAAGCUAUAAGUUCUUUGCACGAGAAACAACUACUUAAGAAACAACAAACAAAAAAAAUAUUACAAGAAUCGAGAAGUACCAUGAAAUGUUUAAAUUUGUUAAAUCAAUAUUUAACGAGUAUUACUAAAUUGAAAGGCGAUAAAAAAUAUUUGAUAGGUGAUAAAUUAUCAUCGAGUGAAAUAUUAUUAGCUGCCUAUUUAUUUUGUUUAACUUCUGAUCAAUUACCAGAUAGAUUUAUAUACAAUUAUUUAACUCAUAAAACACAAGUAUCGAAUUUUAUAAAAGACAUAAGAAAUGAGUUUAAUAUUAAUGUUGAUGAGAUAAAUAAGUUUAGACAACCAAUUGGUAAUGAAGUACCUAAUCUCUUCAAUGAGAUUGGAUAUUUAUACAAUUAUUAUACCAAAUAUUAGGCUGCAAAAUAAUAAUUUAAACUACUGCCGCGUGAAUUUGACACGAAGAAAAUAAAACGAAAAUUUUUCAUCACUUUUUCAUUUUCAGUUUCAUCUUCAAUUUCAUUUUCAGUUUCAUUUUCAAUUUAAUGUUGUAAAUAAAUAGAAUAUCGACUUAAUAUAUAUAUAUAUAGUUAGUUGAUUGAUAAUUGUUCUAAUUUAGUAAUAUUGUAAUAUUGUAAUACUGUAAUAUUGUAAUAUUGUAGUAUAUAUAAUUGGCAAUCUUAGCAUAGUUUCAUUUAUACAAAAUAGUUAAUGUAUAAAAUGAUGGAAUUUUCUUGCCAUAAAUCAGAUACAAUAGUUUAUACUAAUUAAAUAUCUUAGUAUAUCUUUUAAUUCAAUAGAUAUCAAUAGAGUUUAUUAUUUAAUUGGUUAACUAACAUUAAUAAUACUAUCAAAGUAUACUUAUAAUUUGAUCUCUAAUUAUCGUUGUUUCAUUAAUCGUUUUGAUCUCUAAUUAUCGUUGUGUAUAUAAUCGGUAAUAAAAAAAAAAAAAAAAAAAAAGAAAAAAAAAAAAAAAAAAAUAUAAAUAAAAAAAACGCACUACGAAAAAUUUAUUUAUUUAUACAGAUCAAUUGGUUCAAUUUGAUUAUUGCAACAUUAUCAGUUCGUUAUGAAGUUUAUAUCAACUAUAUUGAUAUCAUGUUUAUUAGUUGGUAAUAUUGAUGGUUUAACUAUAGCUAAACAAACAACCCAAAAAAUUAUUGCAUCUCCAUCUUCCACAUCUUCCAUUGACCUUCCAAUAGUAACAGAAGAGGCCGUCAAAUUAUCAAAACGAAUGAGAGAUGUUAUCGUAAAUAAAGAUUAUCAAAAACAACAAGAAGCUAAAAAGAAAUUGACUCAAUCAUCUACUGAAACUCCACCUCCGCGUUGGAUUAGAACUAGAAAAGAUGGAAGAACAGAAAUUGUAACUCCAACAAUUAUUCAAGGAGUUACAUUUAGUGCGAGACCUCCAAAAACUACCGAUGGAUUAGAACCUUGGGUUUCUUUAAAAGAUGAUGGUUCUCCAAAAACUAUAAAUCCAAAAUAUAAAAAUGGUAGAAUAAAAGAUGGAUAUCCUUCUUAUACUACGUAUUUUCAACAAGCUACGACUUUCACAUAUAAUAAAGAACAAUUAAAAGCUCAUAAUAUGGCGGAAGAUGAAAUUUUCACUGAAAUAAUAUAUACCGAAGAAGAAGAUUUGGAAGAUCAUUUUUUAAAUCCAAUUAUUAGAUGUACUCCUGAUAGAUAUAAAAUGAAAGGAAUUGGUAGAGAUAAAUCACCAGAACCGUUUUGUACACCAAAAGAUACAGCUAGAUUAAUUAUGGAUAAAACUUAUUUUGUAACUUGGUAUUCAAGAUUUUUUGACCCAACGGUGAAACAAAUCAAAUUACAUUUUACAAAUGUUAAAGAAAGUUUAAAAGAAAAAGGAUUGAGAAAAAGAGAAUUUAAUGAAACUGCACAAGAAAAAGGAGAAAAAGAAGAAGAAGAAGAAGAAGAAGAAGAAAAAAAAGAUUUAGCAUUGUUUGAUAAAAGAUCAAGAACUAUCGAAAAAGGAGGUAGAAUUCAAGAUUCAUUUUUUCAAACAGAAUGGCUAGAUAAUGAAUUAGGUUACUAUCCAUUAUAUAUAAAUGAAAGUUUUUUUGAUAAAUCAUAUACUGUAUUUGAAAAGAAAGUAUUAAUUUCAAUCCAGCCUGACAAUAUACCCGAUGAAGAAUUUGAUAUAUUAAAGAAUUCUAUAGUUGUUGAAUUUUCAAAAGGUUCAAUUGUAUCCAAGGGUCAUCUUGAAGAUUUAAAAAAAUUGGAAGAAAAAUACGCAAACAGACACAUGCAUAAUAUUGAAAUUGAAGAAGGAAUAGAUUAUGAAAAAUAUAUGGUUAUGCUAGCAUUACCUACUUGUGUAUUAAUAGCAGCUGUUGGAAUGUAUUUUUUUGUAACUAUAAAUAAGAUUGAUUUAAGUCAUUUGAAAAAGACUUCAUUUGCAGGUAAGAAGACAACACAUAGAAGAAUACCAUUCAAGACGAAGAAGAAUACAACUGCAUUACCAGUAUAUAAAUCAGAUAUUAAUGGUCCAAAACAUGAUUAA